GUAGGCAGAGGGGGCGUGGUGCGCCGGAAAACGGGUGGAAAACAAACCCAAACAGAAGCCCCGCUUAUCUGUAGCUGCGGCCGCCUGAGAGUGAUUUGUUCCCGGUUUGCUGGAUCGAGUCGGUCCGCCUGAGAGCCGCCGUGGACGGAACCUCCCAGCAGGCCGUGUGGUCGGUGUGCAUGCAGCAGAAUGGAGCCGGAGACACGCCGAACGGAGCCGGAGACGCGCCGCUGCUGAGGCGCUUCGGGCCGGAGGGCCGCGCAGGCCCGCAGCCGCGGGUCAUGGUGGUGUUUUCGGCCGCCAGUGAGAGCGAGGAGUCCGCGGACGCGGGGACGGGCCUGGGGGGCGCAGCGGCGGGGUUGGAGGAGCAGGAGCCCCGCAGAGCAGCCACAGGAAGCCCGCUGGGGAGCCUGGGGAAGGCCCUCCACUCCUUCGGCCCAGCUCAGGAGUUUCCUGAGGUGAUUCCUCUGAAUGUUGGAGGGACGUAUUUCACCACCCGUCUGUCCACCCUGCGCCGGUAUGAGGACACCAUGCUGGCAGCCAUGUUCAGCGGACGGCACCACAUCCCCCGAGACGCUGAGGGGCGCUACUUCAUCGACCGGGACGGAGCGUAUUUCGGGGACAUCCUAAACUUCCUGCGUGGGGGGGAGCUGCCGCAGAGGGACCGAGUGCGUGCGGUUCACAGAGAGGCGCAGUAUUACGCUAUCGGCCCCCUGCUGGAGAGCCUGGAGGACACUCAGCCUCUGACCGGAGAGAAAGUCCGACAGGCCUUCCUGGACCUGCUGCCGUAUUAUAAAGAUAAUCUAGAGCGGAUUGUGGAGAUAGCGAAGCUGCGAGCGAUGCAGAGGAAAGCGCGCUUCGCCAAGCUGAAGGUGUGCGUCUAUAAGGAGGAGAUGCCCAUCACGCCGUACGAGCGGCCGCUCUUCAACUCCCUGCGGUUCGAGCGCUCGGAGAGCGAGGCCAAGCUGUUCGAGCACCACUGCGAGGUGGACGUGUCCUUCGGGCCGUGGGAGGCCGUGGCGGACGUUUAUGACCUGCUGCACUGCAUCGUGAGCGACCUGGCCGAGCGCGGCAUCACCGCGGACCAGCAGUGCAUCGGAGUCUGUGACAAACACCUCAUCAACCACUACUACUGCAAGCGGCCCAUCUACGAGUUUAAAAUCACCUGGUGGUGAAGGACGGCGCGCUCUCAAAACCGAUGUGUUAAAGCCAUAGCACUGCGUACCAUUUAUUUAUUUAUUUAUUUAUUUUCUAAUUAAAGAAGUAGCAUUGCUGUUUGGUCACACUGCGUUUUUUAAAUAGUUGAAAAAUGCAAACCACGUUUUCCUAAACAACUAACACUUUUUUAAAUGCUGCUUCUGGCUACGCUCUGCCUGUUGCUAACCAACAAUAGCUUUGUAAUUGUCGGGUCAGCUGGGUUAUUAGUUUCUAAUAAGCUGUUAGGGAUGCACCAAUAUGAGAAUUCUGGGCCAAUGCCGAUAUCUAAUAUUUUCAUGUACAUAUAUACAUAUAUGUUGAUGCCAAUGCUGACACCAAUGCAAACAUUUAUAAAAUAGAAAAAAAUUGACCCUACAGGCCUAUAAAAUGCAAACAUUUUAGCACAGCAUCCCAGUGUCACAUUAUCGUUCUUCUCUUCCAGAAAACAAUAACUAUAUAAUUAGAUUUUGGUUGGAAUUAUUGGUCAAAUCUGUCUAAUACCGAUAAUUUAAAAAAAUACAGAUUACUGCCAAUACUAAUAUAAUUCCCGUAUCGCUAUGCACCCCUAACAUUUAGUUAAAUGGUUGAUGUUGUCUAGCAUACAUGUUUACUGGUGCUGAAGCCCCGCCCACCCUCGAUCUGAUUGGUUAGCACAGAUGAAACAAUGGCAUAGCCUACUUGACCACUUUGAGCUGUUUUUUUUUUCAGAUUAAGGCAGCUGGAGCUCCGCAUAUUUCACAAAUGAUGCAAAAAGUUGUUCUGCAAAUUGCUUGCAGUUACACAUUUACCACCAGAGAGGUCGCCAAAUCCUCACAUGUAUGUAGUUCUGCUUUGAAAACAACACAUUAUUAGCUACUUUUAACGCAGCCAGUGUGUUAUUAUUUUAUUUAACAAAGUCAAAGCUGAGUCCUGACCCCAACAUGGUUAAAAUUGUGGUAACACAUCAUUUUUGAGAGUGUCGCUGCAGCAGGUUAGGUUCUUGUCUGAGCUUCCUCAGAUAGACUGCAGUCUGUCUAAAAUAAAAUAAAAAAAAGUUUGGGGACACUUUUCCGUGCAGCUAAGGGAAAUAAGUUAUUACAAAUUAUCAUUAGUUAUAUAUUUUCCUCGUGUUAAGUUAUUGCAAACCAGCAAAGACAACUAAUUUAUAUUAUAGAACAUUUUGAAAAGCUAGUGUGUGUCCCCAAACUUUUGAUGCCUCGUGUAUGAAGGUUCCAUGGUGGUUGAGGAACUGAAAACAAUAGAAAGAGACUAAAAGCGGUAGAAAAUAUCUCCUGGGCUGCACCUGUCGCAGCUCUUGUGAUUGUAGUUUUUGCAUUAUCUGCAGUAGCUCUUUAGUUUGUAAUUAAUACCGUAAUUUAUUUGGACUUACCUUUAGUUGAUAUUGUUUUGUUUUGUCUCAUCCCCAGUAUCUGGAGCAAGUUGACUCUUAUGGAACAGUGUUCUGUGUUCUGUGCUUCACCUCUAUCAGUGCUGAGUCUUUACACCGUAUCUUUGUGUGAAUGUAUUGAUGGAGAGGGCUAGAUCAACUGGAUUAUUGUGAAUCGUUAUUGUUUGUGCUUUAUUUCUUUCUCAGCUUUUGGUCCAGUUAUAUGGUCUUUGGUUUUAAUCGUCCACUCCAGGCUCUGCCCACAAAUGCCUUCCUUUAUGGCUAUACUUUUGAGGUUGGACAAGCUUUACAGAACACAAUCAUUCAAACUAAUGAGAAACUGUAGAACAGACUCAGUUUAUAUCACAAUACCUACAUUUAGAGCCGGUUAUUCAUUCAGCCUAAUGAGAAACUGUAGAACAGACUCAGUUUAUAUCACAAUACCUACAUUUAGAGUCGGUUAU